AUGUCCCGCAAUGACGCCGCUCGACAAGGCGCCACCUUGGCCUUUCGACACUCCAGGGAUCCAUCACCCGUGAAGAACAAACCAUCAGCCGCUCUCGCUGCGGCACUUGCAAGCAGAGUGGAUAAUCAUGAGCUGGUACGCCAAUCGACCGGAUCCGACCCAGGACCCGAAGUGGGCUCCGUGAAGGACAAGAUCGGGAGAUUGACGGCAAGGCCACUUUCGCCUCCGGUGAGCACGCGAGGUCGAACCUCAGCCUCAUCGCUCUCGCCAGCUCCUGAGCAAAUUGCGGCCCGACUCGCUGCGUCAAGGUCCCCUGCACGGGACCCCAGUGCGCCGCCGCCAGUAUCUCCAAUGUCAGCUGCCAGGCUCGGCGCGUUACGGAGUGCAAGCAGGAUGCGAACAUCCAACCCGGAGCCAGAAAAGCGGGAGCUACGGUCCCCAACUCCUCUUCGUCCAGUCCCUGGGAGACGUAGUCCUUUGGAUCGCAUGCUGCAGGAUGAAUUGGGAUCCGAUCGCGAGCUGCCAAGCUACGAGCGCCCGCCAUCCCAACAAUCUAGGAUGACCAUAGAUUAUCCUGAUAAUCGCGUCUCGAGCCCUCCGCCAUCUGUCGGGGCCCGGUAUUCUUCCGUACCACCACAAGACGCAAAACCCAGACUUCCACCACGGUUGCCUCCAUCACGAGGGUCUGUCAGAAGCCAUGGAGCUCCCCCAACACCCUCAACCCCGGGUGCGGUCUCAGUAUCAGGGUUAUCCUACAAGUCUAGUACACCCAGCCUAUUAAAUGAGUCCACCGGAAUGAGCGAGGAAGCACUCUCUAAUGCCAUUGUCGCAUCCUCCCUCGCAUCAUCACGAGCAUCCCCGGCAAUCAAGGUUCCCCCACCGCUGCCCCCACAGCGACGGCGAGCACGGUCCAUUCUACAUCUGGCACACUCGCCCAAGAGUGAUCUCUCCAGGACCCCGAGUCCCCAGAAGGGCAUGCCGCAGACCCUCCGCGGCAUGCAGAAACCCACCGAAGCCGAUCAUCGAAAACACAGAAACCUCCUUCACAAACACCCCCACAAGCACCAUGAGGGAGAUCGUAAGCGCUGGCGACGUGAAGUGACGGACCAGGAACGCAAACGGUAUGAAGGUGUUUGGGCCUCGAAUAAAGGUCUCCUCAUCCCCAGCAUGAGCGAUCGGGUCCCCGGCCCGUGUGAAGACGGCACUUGGCCCCGCAAUUCUUCAGAUAUGGUCGUCAACCUCGUUGUUCGCGAGAUCUGGUCCCGCAGCCGCCUCCCGAACAUGAUUCUGGAGCAAGUGUGGGAUCUCGUGGAUCACCAAAACAUCGGGUUGCUAGUUCGAGAAGAAUUUGUGGUCGGAAUGUGGUUGAUCGAUCAGCAAUUGAAGGGACACAAACUCCCCGUGAAGGUCCCCGACAGUGUCUGGGAUAGCGUGCGGCAUGUUGCGGGCAUUAAGCUCCCCCUUGGAAAGGGCAAGGGCCAUGCUUAA